AUGAAGAAAGUCAAUUUUGUGUCUGCUGAAGAGAUGGAACCAGUCCAAGAAGGGGAGGAUACACAAUUUGCUGAAGUAUGUUACAUGAGCAAUGGGCAAGGAGGUUACAACAAAGGAUACUAUAAUUACAAGUCCAACCCAGCCAUGUCAUACAGAAACACUGAUGUUGCUAACCCUCAGGACCAGGUCUAUCCUCAACAACAGCAAGCUCGAUCGAGUCAAGCCCCACAACAUGGGCAAGCUGAUGGUGUUGUGGACACAAGCAAGAAGCUAGCUGAAAUCAACUCCAAGAUUGAGAAUCUCAACACAAGAGUGUACUCUCUGGAGAAUCAUGCUUCUUCUGUUGCUGCUGCUACAAAGCAAGGACAACUACCUGGUAAAGCAUUCAGAACCCCAAGGAACAGUGCAAGGCUCCUGGAGUCCAGAUUGAUCAACCAGAAGUGCAGCACCUACUGUAGCCUUCACACUUCACCAGUUGAGCUCGCACAACAAGCUCGAUCGGCAGCUCGAUCGAGUCGAACUCUAGCUCGAUCGAGUCAGACAUCUGUCCUCAAGCCGAUUUUGCUUGAUCCUUACCAGCCAGUUGACAUCCAUCAUCUCGCCUACUCAGUCAAAGCCAUAAGGAAGUGA